GCCCCCGCACAGCCAUGGGCAACGCCGUGCACAGGACCCCUCCCGCAGACACAAGCCUACAGCCGCGUAUGGUGACCCGUCGAGCCAGCUUCCCUGCACCCGGCAGCGGCAGCCAUGAGCGGCGCUCAGGCCCGGAGGCCCCUCGCUUCCACGCGCAGGCCAAAGGCAAGCACGUCCGCCUGGACCCCCAAGCCCGGAAGGCCACCCGGAGGAACAGCUUCUGCCACGGGGUCACCUUCACCCACCGGCCCAUCGGCCUAUACGAGAAAGUGCGCCUGAGGCUGGUGUCCGUCCACCACGGCUGGAGCGGGGCCCUGCGCUUCGGCUUCACCGCCCACGACCCCGCGCAGAUGAGCUGCGAGGCCAUCCCCAAGUACGCCUGCCCGGACCUGGUGACCCGGCCGGGCUACUGGGCCAAGGCGCUGCCGGAGAGGUUUGCCCUCAGGGACAACGUCCUGGCCUACUGGGUCGAUCGCCACGGGAGAGUUUUCUACAGCAUCAACGACGAGGACCCGAUGCUGUUCCACUGUGGCGUCAAGGUUUCUGGGCCCCUGUGGGGUCUCAUCGAUGUGUACGGAAUUACCCACGAAGUACAGCUACUGGACACCAUGUUUGCUGAGGCCGUGACUUCCUCUCGUCUCAGCAACGCUCAGUUCAGCACUUGGCUCCCUCAGAGUAGCCACGACUCGGCCAACUUCAACAACAACGAACUGGAGAACAACCAGGUGGUAGCCAAAAUCGGCAACCUAAACCUGAGCCGGGGACCAGGCCAGCCCCCGGAGAACCCUGGGGCUCCCUGCUGUCCCGGCAGGCGUCCCCGGGGGCAAGGAGUACCGGCCCUCUUGGAAACCGACCUCCACUUCCAUCCCACGAGGGGUCCCGAUGUCACCUUUUCCCAAGACCGGAUGGCGGCCUGCACCAACUGGCAAGAGAGCAACAGGACGCUGGUAUUCUCCGACCGGCCCCUGCACAUUGGGGAAAGCCUCUUUGUGGAAGUCGGACAUCUGGGCCUGCCAUACUAUGGGGCUCUGUCCUUUGGCAUCACUUCCUGCGACCCAGGGACCCUGAGGACCAGUGAACUCCCGGCUGAUCCCGACUCGCUCCUCGACCGGAAGGAAUACUGGGUGGUUUACCGAGCCUUUCCGGUCCUCAGCAGUGGCGAUAUCCUCAAUUUCCUGGUGUUGCCCAAUGGGGAGGUGCACCACGGGGUGAACGGCAGCAGCCGAGGGAUGCUGAUGUGUGUGGACACUUCCCAGGCUCUUUGGGUCUUCUUUACCAUCCAUGGGGUCAUCAACCAGCUCAAGAUCUUGGGCACCCUGCAGUCCUGCCCGGUGGCUUUAUCUCCCUUGGAAUCCCCCGGCGGCUCGCCCGAGGACAGCGACUCGGACAUGGCCCUCAGCGUCAACAGAUCCUCUUCGGCCUCCGAGUCGUCUUUGGUAACAGCUCCCAGUUCCCCUCUGAGCGCCCCCGUCUCUCCGGGGUUCCCGCCUCCGGAACCACCAGGCAGCGGCGGCGGCGGAGAGUGCACCGUCUGCUUCGACAGCGAGGUGGACACCGUCAUCUACACCUGCGGACACAUGUGCCUGUGCCACACCUGUGGGCUCAAGCUGCAGAAACAGAUCAGCGCCUGCUGCCCCAUCUGCCGGAGGCUCAUCAAGGACGUCAUUAAGAUCUACCGUCCUUAACCUCGGUGCCCGCGGCCCGAGGAGGAGGCCGGGCCUCUGCUGAUGAUCGAGCCGGGCCGUUCCCUGAGGGCUUCCCUCGGUGGCCCGUUUGGUUGCCGGGAAAGCCUAGGCCAGGAGGCAGAUUGAGGGGUCCUGGGGUCGGAGCCUCCUGGUUAGAUUGGGCUUUCCCCCGGAGUUACUACUGUUUUCGGGUGGCACCUGGAAAACUUCACAGCCGGUCACAGGAGUGGGAUCGUCCGCGGCUCCCCAGCCUUCUCCAGCUGGGAGCCAGCAGUCUCUGUGCAAUGUUUUCACGGGGCCCGGGGUGGGUAUGAGUGAGAAGGAGAAAAGUGUGUGUGUGUCCUUGUGUGUUUGUGCGUGCGCGUUUGCCUUUAGUCAGAAGCUUCUUCAGCGGUGGUCAAGGAAGCAAAAUUCUGACUCCAGAUGUCCGUGCGGUCAAACUCCUUUCCCUUGCCGGGGCUUGGUGAGAGCUAAACAACCUUUAAUUUGGGACUCCAACUAAAAACUCCUGGGAUGAUACCGAAAGUAAAAUUAAGUGUUUGCAGGAGGAAAAAAACCUGCAGCGCUAAGCCCCAGGAGUAAAGCCUGCAAUGGCCAGGUCUUCUUCUGGGCCUGCUGACAUCACUCUCCCCUGACAGGGCCAUAACCCAAACUCUGAGGGGAAACCCUUCCUCCCUGAACCUCCCAGAGAGGUGAUGAGGCCAAGCCCCGGGUAAGGCGGAAAGUGGAACUGAGACAGAAUUCCUUCCUCCCCAUUUGCUGCUCUAAUCACUGAAUUUAUGUUCUUUUCCUGAAGGAGAUGAGGCUGUCAGUUGGGGUUGUCAGUCUGGCAUGAGCUAAAUCAAUCGAUGGUAUUUACUGAGUGCUAUGUGCGGAGCACUGCACUAAGCGCUUGAGAGUACAAAACAACAGAAUUAGUGGACAUGCUCCUUGCCAAUAAAGAGCUUAUAGUCUAAUCAGGCCUGGGCAAGCCUGAGACUCCCACUCCCUAGUUUACCAAAUCAGGGGUUUCAGGCUGGUGACGGUGCAGGGGGCCUUGCCACUCAUAGGCGUCUGAGACUACAAUUUCCAGCAGCCCAAGGGUCGACUGUGCAGUGCAUGGGUGAGCCCCGGGCCCAGUCUGGGCUGGACUCCAAUCCAGGGACAGACAGGUGCAGGGAGUGGUGGAGCAGGAGGGUCUGUAGCUUCCUGGCCUGUAUAGGAACCUAGCUCUCAGGAACCACUCUGAGUGCUCUCUCACUGGAGGAUGAAAUCCCCCAGCACAUCUUUUCACCAUGGCUGAGGACUUGGGAAGAUAGCAGGAGGAAAUGGUGCUUGGUUUGUUGUACAACCAUUUUUCCCCUCUAUGAGAGGAGGGAGACGGGGAGCAGAGCUCCUACCUGGCUAAUAUUCAAGACAUGGUUCAGUGCUGGAAAUAACAACACCUUGGGUAUGUAGAGCACUUUCAUCUUUCCAAAGUGCUUUCGCAUCGGUCAUCUCAAAUCGUGCUCACAAAAUCCCAGCAAAGUAGGGAGAGACGGGGGCCCUCGUUUUACAGAUGGGAAAACUGAGACCCAGAGGCCAGAUGACUUGACCAAGGUCACACAGCAGACCGGGGCAGAGGCGGGGUUAGAACCCAGACCCCCAGCCUCCCAGAACCAUUUUCUGCCCACUAGUCCAUGCUGCCUGGUCAAAUGGGCUUGGAGGAGCCCAGUCUGCUUCUGAAUCCACCCAGGGUCAAGCCCCCCACAGUCAAUCCUGAGAGCCUGCCUCCUCCCGACCACCUUUACCACUCUCCACGCUAACCCAUCUGACACAGCAGGUUUCUUUCCCUCUCUUCUCCCCUUCCUUUUCCCCCACGUCUUCCCAAACACUCCCAUCCGUGCCCUUCAUACCUCCCUCCAGCCACUAAAUCACAGCUCCAAGCCAUGGACACAGAAAGAAGUAAGGACUUACCCGGGAGCUCUGAGCCUUUUGCUUCUGAUAGAACUCCAGGCCCCCUUUUAUCAGUGCGUAAAAUUGGAAGUGUGAUCGGGGCAGCAGCAAGCUCUCUUGACCAGGUGAAGGAGGUGCUGGAAGACAGCUCGGCCCUGUUCAGGGUAGACCUGGCCUCUGCCUGCGACACGUGGAAAUGAGUCACUGCAUCACUAAAUCUGGAAAAGGGCUAGUUGGGGCCCACAGGGUUAGGCUGCUGGGGACUAGGGGAGGAGCAAAUAACUUUAAGGAACAGAAUCAAUCAGGGAUACUUACCGAGCACUUACUCUGUGCAGAGCACCAUCCUGAGCACUUGGGAGAGUACAAUAGAGUAAGAAAGCACAAUCGUUGCCCUCAAGGAGCCUACAGACUAGCAGAAAUAUAGGGAAAACCUGACCCUGUGGCUACCUGGGCCAACCUGGACAGUGGCUGCUGUGGGGUGGGAGUUAUCAGACUGGAUUCGAGAAGCAGUUGGACUAUCAGGAGAGACUGACCUGGACUGAGGUCACUACUUCCAAAGCCAGAAUCUCAGGCCAAUGGCAGCCUCAAAGAGGCUGGGCUGAAGGGGUAGGGGGAUUGGAAAAUGGGAGGUUUUGCCAACUCCUGCCUGUGGGAAUGGUUCUGAGGAUCUGAAGACAUCCAGAACUGGCUUAGCCCAAAGGAGCCAGUGGUUAGCAUGUGUCAGGAAUGGUUGCAACCAUCACAGAUCCCAGCUCAGAGCUGGCUGGUGGGCGGGAUCCCCCUGCUUGGUGGGGGUCCCAAAUCCAUGGGCUCUUCCUUUGAGAGGUUAACUCCUUUCUCCAGCUGAAUCCAUACACCAACCCUCAGGCUGCCUACUUCUUGCUAGCUGCAUCCUGCUCCGGGACUUGGCCACAUUGGCAGCUUUCCUGGGCACCUCAGGGAAAAUCUUGGCUCAGCUCAGAUGCUGGAAGGCUGGUCACAUGCUUCUAGGCCUUGGGAGCUCUGAAUCCCUAUAUCAAGCGCUUAUUACAGUACUUUGCACACAGUAAGUGCUCAAUAAAUACGAUCGAUUGAAUGAAUGACUAUUUAUCGGACUUUGUGAGGCAUGGCCACCUAAGGAUGGGGGAUCAAAGGUUAGCCUUGUGUUUGCUGGAACUGGCUAACUCUGGGAGCAGAAAUGUGGUGGGUUGGAACCUGGGCACAGAGGGGAUUAACUCCUCUUCCUCUCCUCAGCUUCCCAAUUCCCAGGUCUCCUGCUCCACUGGGAAGGUGUCUGCCAAGGUGACCCUGGCCAAGGAUUGAGGCCCAUUUGAGACUGACUGACUGUAAGAUACCUGUAAUUGGGCACCUGAGAAAAAGGUUUCCCCGGACUUUGGGGUUUCUUCCCAAAGCCUCCACAAAAUCAAUCAAUCAGUGGCAUUUAUUGAACACUUAUUGUGAGCAGAGAGCUGAACUAAGCACCU